ACUGAACUGGUCAGUACUGAACGUUCAUUUAGAAGAAACUGUGGUGAAUUGGCAGCACGCAACGUUGUUGAAAAUACAUUUUCUUUGGAACAAUGCAAACCAGAUCAGGGAAGCGAAUUUUGGAGCAGCAGUCGGAGAGUCAGCAAGUCCCCGUUUGCAUAAAUGAUCAUGUUGAUAACCUUUCGUGCCCCGGCUCUCAUGUCAGUAGUUCGAAACCAUCAUUAUCGCGAGUAACUAGUGCUAAGUCGUCGCUACUCAGGGCGCAGCUAAAGGAGAAACAGCUUCGAGAGGAGUUAGAGUUAGAGAGAAAGUUGCUAAAGGCUAGACAUGAUGUCGAAAUGGCUGAGCUGCUUGUGAAGUUAGCCGUGGACGACAAACGGAAAAUUGAAAAUACGAAAAGAGACACUGUCAACUACGCUCGAAUCAGCGAAGAGAGUAUCAAAGACGACAUCAGAAGGCCAUAUGAAGCUGAGUUUAGGGAUACUGAAGAAAACGAACACUCAUUUUCUAUCGAAGAUCCUAAGGCAAUCGAGUUGGUUACUCAAAGCACCGUCUUAGAAAAGGGGCAUUACAUCAUUUCCUUGCCAUGGAAAGAUCCAGCAAAGGUAACGGACAAUAAUUAUGUGGUUGCCAUAAAUCCGCUACUCAGUCUGAAAUGGAGGUUAUCGCGUGACAAGAACCUUUCAGCACGAUAUGUGGAUGGUAUAAAUACGAUGUUAAAAAAUGGUUAUGCCCUUCCGGUACCCAUAGAGCAGCUAGCAGCCAACUAUCGCCCGAGGUGGUAUCUUCCACAUCAUCCCGUAAAGAAACCGAAAAAGCCAGAUAAACUGAGAAUAGUUGUAGAUUGCGCCGCAACCUUUAGAGGCUAUUCUUUGAACGAUAAGCUAUAUGAAGGACCUGAUACGAUUACCGAGCUUGUUGGUGUUCUGUUGAGCUUUCGAGAAAAGCCUAUUGCUGUAGUCGCGGACAUAGCUGAUAUGUUUAUGCAAGUGAAAGUGCCACUAAACGAUCGACGAGCAUUACUAUUUCUGUGGUGGAAAAAUGGUUUUCUAGACGAAGAGCCGCAGGAGUUUCAGAUAACAGCGCAUCCGUUCGGGGCUACUUCAUCACCCUUCUGUGUGAAAUUCGCGUUGAGAAAGGCAGUAGAGGGCUUUGGUUGCUUAUAUCCGGAAACAGUAAGAGAGCUGGGCACGAGGGUUAUACGGUGUAACAUGAUUCAUAAAAUCCUAGUCGGAUUUUGGGGGCCGGUGUAAGAUGAAUUCCAUUCCCAUCCUUAAAUCAAGUCAACCUGUCCCGGAUCAGCCUAGCAUUGUUGCAACACAAUUAUCCAUGCCCAACGUGUCUAUCCCACCUUGUUUAAUUAACUGUGUAUGUGUGUUUUUACUUCGAUCCUUUUAGUCAGACAGUUGAACUCAUGACCCAAUCAGAGUAUUUUUGUGAACUGUUAUUUUGCUGCCCCAUGUCUUACUUUGUACUAUU